CGGACGGUAGCGAGCGGUAGCGGGAUGGGGCUGCCGGCGGCGGUCCGGGACCGGGUGGCCGCGGUUCAUCGGGGCUCGACGCUGCCCGAAAGGCUGCGGCUCUACGACGGCUGGGCCGCCCGCUACGAGCAGGAUGUGGCGGCUCUGGAGUACCGGGCGCCGCAUCUCGCCGCCGCCUCGCUCGCCUUCGCCUUCCCCGCCCCGCGCGCGGGGGCGCGGCUGCUCGACGUGGCCUGUGGCACCGGGCUCGUAGCGUGGGAGCUGCACCGGCGCGGGUUCCGCUGCCUGCACGGCGUGGACGGCAGCGCGGGGAUGCUGGAGCGGGCACGGAGCACCGGGCUCUACCAGGAACUGCGGCUCUGUGUUUUGGGCAAGGAGCCGCUGCCCGCGCCCGCAGAGCACUACGACGCCGUGACGGUUGUGGGGGCCCUGGGCGAGGGGCAGGUGCCGAGCACGGUGCUGCCGGAGCUGCUGCGGGUCACUAAGCCGGGCGGCUUCCUGUGCCUGACGACGAGGAGCAACCCCUCGAACCUACGGUACAAGGCUGAACUGGAGGCGGCGCUGGGGCAGCUGGAGCGGAGCGGAGCCUGGCAGAAGCUGCUGGCCCAGGAGGUGGAGUACUGGGAGAGAGCCACCACUGAGGAGGAGAGCCCCCAGGGCACCGGCUACAUCUCCGGGGUGGUCUACAUCUACCAGAAAUGCCCUGUCCCCGACCUCAAGGAGGGCUGAGAGCUAGUAUGGCUCGGGGGGCGGUGAGCACUUGAUCCCUUAUAAGACUGAGCCCGGUGACCCCCUCCUGCAGCAUGGCAGCUACUGGGGGUGACAGUAUUUGGGGGGAAUUUUCCCCAUUCCCUUCCUUGGUUCCUUCUCACCAAGGUCUGGGUUUGGUGCCGUUGCCUGUUUCUCAGCAUGGGAAGGUCUCCUGGAUUCACCAGGGUCUCCUGGGCACCACAUUUAGCUCUGACAUUCAGGUAUUGACCCCAACACCUCAACGCUCACCAUGACAUCUCACAGACCCACAUGGCUGUUCUGAGGUGUGUCCAGUCUGGGAUGUCUUCUCCCCACCUCACCCACCUCAGCACUGAUGGUCCAAAUCUGGAUCCUUCAUCAUCUCCUACUCCCAGAGUCUUUACCUGGAGCCUGUUGGAGGUGGGUUCCCAUCACUGUGUCCUGUGGCCUUCCAUCCUCAUACUUCCUAUGGACUGACCCAGCCCUGAGGUGCAAGAGCCUCCACAUCCAGAGUCAAAGCAGCAAUGCCAAGGUGGCUCCCUGCUGAAGAGGCUUUCAAAGUGCCACAUCUGCCUUUCAUCCCACAAUAGCUGCUUGAAUCUCUCAUUUUCCCACAGCUUUCUAGUUAAUGGUCUGGGUGGGGAAAUGAGUUUGGAAGGGAUUUGGGGAGCUGGUGGAUGCUCCCCACCCAGGAGCCAUGCAGCACUGCUUGCCCAGCCUGUUCCCCCAGCCCCUGGCUGGGUUGCUUCCACAAUUCCUCCUCCACUGCUCCCUUGGGAAGUUUUUUACCCAAAUCUCUUGCUGGAACAUUUGGGUUUUGUUGUUUGUUGGUUUGUUUGUUGGGGUUUUUUGUUUGGUUUGGUUUGAUUGUUUUGUUUUGUUUGUUCAUUUUCCCCUUCCUUCAGACCUGUUCCUGCUCAUCCUGUUCCCAUGUUCCUGGAGAACAGGUUGCAUCCUUCCCCUCAGGAGCUGUUCCUCAGUGUGAGGCAAUGGCUGUCUGUCCCUGUCCCUCACCCAUGGCAUCCCACAUCUUCCACACUCGCUCUCCCUGUGCCCAUCAGUAGCUGUCCCCCAUGUUCUGGGAUCCCUAUGCCCAUCAGUAGCUGUCCUACUGCUACCUCCCCAUUUGUCUCCAACACUGUCCCCUGGGCAGCUGGGGGUUGUGGCAGUCCCCAGCUCUGCUCUUGCCUGUUCAAUAAACCCCUGUCCCUGCUG